AUGGCCGCACACAUUGUUCACGAGACAACCGAGGCGGUGGAUAAGGCACUUCAGCUCAACCACCCUUCUGAACAGCAUGGAGCUACAGCUAACGAUCAUAUCCAAGAAGAAACGUCGCCGAACGCUGACUCCACUGACUCCGACAGUAUCGAGGACGCUCAGCCCGUUGACCACGAAAAACAGUCUCAUUACCUCAAAGUCACUAACUCGCGUGGCUCGGUUCGUACUACCUCUGGAGUGGACGUCGAACAAGCUGAACGCGACUUUGCCAACCUGAGUAGAGAGUUGAGUCAAGAACAUCACCGUCGAAUGUCAAGGGUGACCUCCCGAGCAUCAAACAUCAAGGGUAGCCACGAUAUCGAAAAGGCUGUUACCUCAACCAGCAGGGCAACGAGAGACGACUGGAGUCUGGAGGACGUCCUUCGUGGAAAUCGAGAAGCAGAGCUCGACGCUGGCAUCAAACCAAAGCAGAUUGGUGUCCUCUGGGAGAACCUGACUGUUCGUGGUCUUGGAGGUGUGAAAAUCUUUGUCAAAGUGUUCCCUGAAGCUUUCGUGGACACGUUCUACGGCAACAUCAAGAAUCUUCUGGGCUUUGGGAAGAAAGGCAAUGAAUUCAAUAUUCUCAAGAACUUCAGAGGUGUGGCUAAACCUGGAGAGAUGGUCCUGGUCCUUGGUCGGCCAGGAUCCGGAUGCACAACUUUCUUGAGAACUAUCACCAAUCAACGAAUCGGCUACACAGGCAUUGACGGCGAGGUCUUGUACGGGCCCUUCGAUGCAAAAACAUUCGAGAAGUACUUUAGAGGCGAAGCUACCUACAAUCAAGAAGAUGACGUACAUCAUCCGACUCUGACAGUGGGUCAGACCCUAGGUUUCGCGCUGGAUGUAAAGACUCCAGGUAAGAGGCCAGCAGGGAUGAGCAAGAAGGACUUCAAGGACAAGGUUGUUGCCCUGCUGCUCAAAAUGUUCAACAUAGAGCACACACGCAACACCAUAGUCGGCAACGCGUUCACACGAGGCAUCUCUGGUGGGGAACGCAAACGAGUCUCCAUUGCCGAAAUGAUGGUCACUGGCUCGACCGUAUGUGCUUGGGACAACUCAACGAGGGGUCUUGACUCCUCGACCGCAAGCGAUUUCGCCAAAAGUCUGCGUAUUAUGACCAACAUCUACAAAACAACGACUUUUGUCAGUCUCUACCAGGCUUCGGAGACGAUUUACAAACAAUUUGACAAAGUGAUGGUCAUCGAUUCAGGCAGGCAAGUAUUCUUUGGACCAACAUCAGAGGCCCGAGUGUACUUCGAAUCUCUAGGGUUUGCUCCCAAGCCUCGACAGACAACUCCAGACUACCUGACAGGGUGCACAGAUGAGUAUGAGCGGGAGUACGCCCAAGGUCGCAGUCCCGAGAAUGCACCUUCUACACCCGAUGGACUUGUAGAAGCAUUCGACAAGUCAAAACUUUCAGAUGCACUGCGCACGGAAAUGGACAACUACCGGGAGGACCUCGAGAAGCAGAAGCAGAUAUAUGAGAACUUUCAGGUGGCACAUCGGGAAGCUAAACGGAAGUACACUGGCAGCAAAUCUGUUUAUUCUGUGCCAUAUUACCUCCAAAUCUGGGCACUCAUGCAACGACAGUUCAUCCUCAAAUGGCAAGAUCGAUUCACCUUAACUACAUCCUGGGGGACGUCAAUCAUCAUUGCGAUCGUGAUUGGUACUGUGUGGUUCAAGCAACCAGAAACUUCGGCUGGUGCCUUCACUCGUGGAGGUGCACUCUUCAUUGCUUUCCUCUUCAAUGCAUUUAAUGCAUUCGCCGAGCUUGCAGCAUGUUUCCUUGGGAGAGGUAUAGUAAACAAACAUCGUGCAUACACUUUUCAUCGCCCGAGUGCGCUAUGGAUUGGCCAACUUGCGGUCGAUACUAUAUUUGCAUCUGUACAGAUCCUCAUCUUCUCAAUCAUUGUGUACUUCAUGGCCGGACUGGUCCUGAAUGCCGGAGCGUUCUUCACCUUCUACCUCAUCAUUGUUCUGGGCUACUUGUGCAUGACUCUGUUCUUCCGAACUCUCGGUGUGCUGUCUGCCGACUUUGAUGUCGCAAUCAAAUGGGCAGCAUUGAUAAUAACCUUCUUCGUUGUGACAUCAGGCUACCUGAUUCAAUGGCAGAGUCAACAAGUAUGGUUACGAUGGAUCUAUUAUAUCAAUGUGAUGGGUCUUGGCUUCUCGGCCCUCAUGGCUAACGAGUUCAAGUUCCUCUCGAUGAGGUGCACUUCAGAGUCCUUGAUCCCCACAGGACCAGGCUACACCGACUUGCAGCACCAGGUUUGUACCUUGCCAGGUUCUCAAGCUGGUUCAGACAUUGUCUCAGGUACCAACUACAUAGAGGCUGGCUUCAGCUAUUCGCCCUCAGAUUUAUGGCGCAAUGUCGGAAUUAUCUUGGCUCUCAUUGCCUUCUUCUUGUUCAUCAACGCUACCGUUGGUGAACUCCUGAGAUUUGGCGCAGGAGGUCGAACAAUUACGUUUUUCGCCCGCGAGAACUCAGAAACAAAGAAACUCAAUCAGGAACUCGAGGGGCGCAAGCAAAGACGACUAAACAAGAGCAGUAUCGACGAAUCAUCGAAGCUGAAUAUUACUUCAAAAUCCGUCCUGACCUGGGAGGGGUUAAAUUACGAUGUACCCGUGCCAGGUGGCACUAAACGUCUGCUCAGCGAUAUCGACGGCUACGUACGCCCAGGCGAGCUAACAGCCUUGAUGGGCGCGUCAGGUGCAGGCAAGACGACUUUACUCGAUGUCUUAGCUGCUCGAAAAAAUAUUGGUACGAUCACUGGGGACAUCCUUAUUGACGGUACAAAGCCAGGUAUUGCUUUCCAGAGAGGGACCUCUUAUGCUGAGCAGUUAGAUGUCCAUGAAUCGACUGCAACUGUCCGUGAGGCAUUACGGUUCAGUGCUGAUCUCAGACAGCCGUACGAAGUUCCAAAGGAGGAAAAACAUGCAUAUGUCGAAGAGAUUCUGUCUCUGCUAGAAAUGGAGUCCCUGGCCGACGCCAUCAUCGGCAGUCCUGAAAGUGGACUUUCGGUUGAAGAGCGAAAGCGUGUCACCAUCGGCGUCGAGUUGGCUGCUAAACCAGAAUUACUACUCUUCCUGGACGAGCCUACCUCAGGACUUGACUCUCAAUCUGCAUUCAAUAUUGUUCGCUUCCUCCGCAAGUUAGCUGCUGCUGGGCAAGCAAUUCUGUGCACCAUUCACCAGCCUAACAGUGCAUUGUUCGAACAGUUCGACAGGCUCCUACUCCUGCAGAGAGGCGGGGAGUGUGUCUACCAGGGGCCUGUCGGGGAAGACGCUGUCACUUUGCUGGAGUAUCUUGCUCGACAUGGUGCCUUCUGUCCUGAGGACAUGAAUCCAGCUGAGUUCAUGCUCGACGCAAUAGGCGCGGGUAUCGCACCACGAAUAGGCGACAAAGAUUGGGGCGAGAUCUGGCGCGAAAGUGAUGAGCAAGCGGCUAUCAAGCACGACAUUGUCGCCAUGAAGGACCAGCGAAUGAAAGAGAUCGCAGCAGAGCCCAAGCUCCCUGAAAAAGAAUAUGCAUCACCUCUGUGGCACCAAAUUCGCAUAGUCUCGUGGCGGACACACCUCUCCUUCUGGAGGUCGCCUCAAUAUGGCUAUACGCGUUGGUUUAAUCAAGUCAUUAUAGCUCUUAUCACCGGCCUUGCCUUUCUUCAACUGAACGACUCACGAGCGUCUCUACAAUACCGAGUAUUCGUCAUCUUCCAAGCCACCGUUGUUCCAGCAUUGAUUCUAGCGCAAGUCGAGAUCAAGUACGAUCUUGCACGGCUCAUUUACUAUCGAGAAGCAGCCGCCAAAGCGUACCGACAGUUCCCAUUCGCGUUCGCCAUGGUGUGCGCAGAAAUGCCAUAUACAAUAUUCUGCACGAUCUCGUUCUUCCUCCCGAUCUACUACUUACCCGGUCUCCAAGGUGCGAGCGAUAGAGCUGGAUAUCAGUUCUUCAUAAUCUUCAUACUAGAGGUCUUCUCUACAACUUUGGGCCAGACGAUUGCGGCACUCACACCUAGCUCGUUUAUCUCGAGCUUACUGAACCCCUUCGCCAUCGUCAUUUUUGCCCUUUUCUGUGGCGUCACGAUUCCGAAGCCACAGAUUCCCAAAUUUUGGCGUGUCUGGCUGUACGAGCUCAAUCCAGUUACACGCCUUGUGUCUGGAAUGGUAACGACUGAGCUACAGGGACGACAGGUCGUGUGUACGCCGAACGAAUUCAAUUCAUUCCCAGCUCCGCCUAGUACGACAUGCGGUGAGUAUAUGGCAAACUUUUUCGCAGCUGGCGGCGCCGGAUACAUACAGGAUCCCGGCUCGAGUGGGACUUGCAAUUACUGCGCUUUCGCCACAGGUGAAGAGUUCUACCGUCCAUUCGGGCUAUCUUAUGACGAUCGCUGGAGAGACCUGGGCAUCCUGGCUGCUUUCAUUGGCAGCAAUCUGUUUUUGCUUUUCCUUGGUAGCAGAUAUUUGAAUUUUAACAGGAGAUAG